GAGGCAGACGCGGGGGGGAAGUUAAUGCACAAGAGGAGGCAAGAUAGGAAUAUAGGAAGCUGCUUAUACUGAGUCAGACCAUUGGGCCAUCUAGCUCAGUAUUGUCUACCCUGACUGGCAGCGGCUGUCAGGAUUUCAGUCAGGGGUGUCUCCCAGUCCUACCUGAAGAUGCCAGGGACUGAACCUGGGACCUUCUGCAUGCAAAGCAGGUGCUCUGACACUGAGCUACACGAAUUCUGCCGAAGAGAGGAUCUGGGCAGAACUGAGACUCCUUUGGCCCUUGCUGACCCAUAGCCGGUUGACUCACCUGGUGAAAUCUUCUCUAAAAAAAUGGAGAAACAUACCAUCUUAUGUGAGGAGAAAGUGCUAUGGCGUUCUGGGUAGCUGAGGAACUCGGAAACGUUGCCAUCUCUGCCUGAUCAACCUGUUGAAAUUGCCUGAGGCUUGGUGGUCAGGACAUAUGCAGGAAAAAGUGCAAACUGGGAUGAUAAGCGGAGGUGGUUGAACUGAGCCGAAAGACAAAAUGGAACAACAGACGGUGGCCUCUUUGGGUCCUCACCAGAACAAGGCUGCGGCGGAGAAGGGGAUGAAAACAGAAGAGGUGGACCCAGUGGGGCCUGCGCUACCAGAACCUCCGAAACCAUCCAGAAAGGCCCCUCACGUGGCCCAAGGCAGGACCGUCGGGGAAUGUCUUAGCUGGGCAGCGGCGAAGCAAGCUGAAUGCGAGCUGGACGACAGGUUGUUGUCCCAGUGCUGGGAGGCCCAGUGGCAGGAGUUCCUGAAGACUGUACAGUCUCCUUAUUCAGGGUGGACCAGCUCUCCGCAGCUCCCGAGCGCCACUCAAUUGGCGCCCUCAGAAAUGUCACCGGGGAGUUGCCAGGGCUCCGCGCAAGAAGUGGCAAGUGGGCUCCUUUUAAGCCUGACAGAGGGGUCCCUUGGAGCCGACCAGGAUGCAGAUUCCGGAGAGAAAGCGGGUUCUGGGGGCAUAAAGGGAAAGAUCCAGCAUGAGAAGGAGGAAGAGGAGGCGCUCAGUGCCGAGGUGCAGCGGCAGCGCUUUCGUUGGUUCUGCUACCCAGAGGGUGAGGGGCCCCGGGAGGUUUGGCUCCAUCUCCGGGAACUCUGCCUGAAGUGGCUGAAGCCUGAGCUGAACUCGAAGGAGCGGAUUGUGGAGUUGGUCAUCCUGGAGCAGUUCUUGGCUGUCUUGCCAGAGGAGAUCCAGAGCUGGGUUGGGGAAGGCGGGCCGGAAACCGGCACCCAGGCGGUGGCCCUGGCGGAAGACUUCCUGUUGAGGCAACAAGAGGCAGAGAGGUGGAAACAGGAGGUGCUGGGAGAAUUUGAGGAGGUGGCGAUGAGUUUCUCUAGAGAAGACGAAACUGGAGAGAGGCACCCUUCCAGGGAAAUCAAGCAAGAGGGCCCAGAGGGGGCCUAUUUGCUGGCAGGCAAUGGGUGGGAGAGUGACGAAGGAGGACCUUCAUUUGAGGUGCCAUUGGAAAAUAUCGAGCCUCAAGAACCAGAAGAAAGCUUUGGGGAUCAAGAUAGGCCAAAGUGGGAGCAGAGACUCCAAACAGAUAAGAGAAAGAAUAAUAAAUCCAUCCUUUGCCACAGUGCUGAUUCUGGUGAAAUUAAAGCCCAGCAAAGAAUAUCCAUGGGAAAGGGAAGGCAUUUGUGCAAUAUCUGCGGGAAAGCCUUUGCUCAAAAAUCAAACCUCAACAGGCAUCAGAGAACACACAUGGGAGAAAAAAAGUAUCAGUGCUUUAAAUGUGGGAAAAGCUUUCAUUGGGAAACUAGCCUUAUUAGACAUCAAAGAUUCCAUACUGGUGAGAAGCCUUAUCCAUGCUUGGAAUGUGGGAAGAGCUUUAGCCGGAGUGCAAACCUUAUCGUCCACCAGAGGAUUCACACAGGAGAGAAACCACAUCGGUGUAUAGACUGUGGGCAAAGCUUUAGUCAGAUCUCCAACCUUGUUAGACACCGCAGAGUUCACACAGGAGAGAAGCCUUUUAAAUGCUUAGCAUGUGGGAAAAGCUUCACUCAAAAAUCAAACCUUAUCAAACAUCAGAGUGUCCACUCACGUGACAAGCCGCAUAAACGCUCUUAUGGGAAAAGAUUCAAUCAAAGGCCAAACUGCAAUAGACUCGAAAGGAUUCCCCUCCAUGAAAACCCAUGUAAAUGCUUCAAAUGUGGCAAAAUCUUUUCCCAGAGAGGGAACCUCCUUAGACAUCAGAGCAUUCACACAAAAGAUAAACCACAUAAAUGUCCUGAAUGUGGAAAAUGUUUCAACCAGAGGACAAACCUUAAUGCUCAUCAGAGAAUCCACACUGGAGAGAAACCUUAUAAAUGUCCAGACUGUGGGAGAAAUUUCCGGUGGAGAGCACACCUCAUCAUACACAAGAGGUUGCACACUGGAGAGAAACCACAUAAGUGUGGUGAUUGUGGACAGAGCUUCAGCCAGAGAUCUAACCUUGUCAGACACCACAGAAUCCACACCGGAGAAAAGCCAUAUAAAUGCUCAGACUGUGGGAAAAGCUUUGGCCAGAAAUCAAACCUGACUAAGCAUCAAAAGAUUCACAUAGAAGAGGACCCAUUUAAUCAGAAACCAAACUGUAUUAGACGUGAAAGGAUUAUCACAGAAGAAAACCCAUAUAAAUGUUUCAGGUGUGGGAAAAUAUUUUCCCGGAGAGGGAACCUUCUAAGACAUCAGAGCAUCCACACCAGAGAGAAACCACACAAAUGUUCUGACUGUGGGAAAAGGUUCAAUCAGAGAACUAACCUUAUCAGUCACCAGAGGAUUCACACAGGUGAGAAACCUUUCAAAUGUUUGGACUGUGGGAAGAGUUUUUGUCAGAGGUCUCAUCUUAUUAAACAUCAGAAAGUCCAUACAGAAGAUAAGGUGUCAUACACAAGUUCUGAUUAUGAGGAAAAUCAGGGUUUGAACUGUAGUAGACAGGAGAGAAUCUGUCUGGGACAAAACCCAUAUGAAUGCCUUAAGUGUGGGAAAAUCUUUAAUUGGCAGUCAAACUUUAUCAGGCAUCAAAAAAUUCAUGCUGGUGAGGAACCUCAUAAAUGCCCUGACUGUGGGGAAAAAUUCAACCGGAGGAAAAACCUCAUUGCCCACCAGAGAAGCCACAUGAGAGAGAAGCCCUACAAAUGUACAGACUGUGGGCAGAGCUUCAGAUGGGAAGCACACCUUGUCAUCCAUCAAAGAAUCCACACAGGUGAGAAACCUCAUAAAUGCACAGAGUGUUGUCAGAGUUUCAGUCAGAGGUCCAACCUUAUCCGACAUCAGAGAAUCCACACAGGUGAGAAGCCCUAUAAAUGUUCAGACUGUGGGCAGAGUUUCAGUCAAAGAACGCACCUUGUUGUACACCAGAGAACUCAUACAGGUGAGAAACCACAUAAAUGCUUGGACUGCGGGCAAGGCUUCAGUCAGAGGGCACAUCUUACUGUGCACCGGAGAAUUCAUACAGGAGAGAAGCCACAUAGAUGCACAGACUGUGGACAAGGCUUCUGUCAAAGAUCCAAUCUUAUCAGACAUCGGAGGACCCAUACCUGUGAGAAGAACAAAUAGAGAUGCUUCCUUUAGUAGUGCAUGCUCAGUCAGCCAAAGAUUAAUAGUGGGAAGAACUCCAAAUGUUUGAGUUGUAGGGAAGGUGUGGGUGGAGACAAAGCUUCCUCUCUGAAAAAGAACCAUAUAGGGCAGGGCCAAAACCGUUACAUUGCACAGACAGAGUCAGUUCCAUGAAAACGCCAGUCUUGUUGGGCAUCACAGCAAGACCAGAAACCAGGAGGUGCUGACUGUGCCCAGAAAGGUGAGAGAGGGCAUCGUUUGUGUUGUGAUUCCUCUGCUCCAGCUCCUCUUCAUUCUCCCAAGCCAUGCAAAGUACCAGCAGGAGCCAGAUGGCAAUGGGCCAGCUACGCUCAAAGAGAAAGGGGACUGUUUGUCAUGUAACUCUUUCCAGCAUCCCUUUCCACCAGAGAUGUGGGAAAUCAUCAGCACCAGUCAGAUCAUGCCCAAGCACAUACCCUAGGCCAGGGAUGGUAGAAUCCGUGGCCCUGCCUGAUUUUGUUGGGUUUUGACUCCCAUCAGCCCCAGGCAGCAUGGCUAAAGGUCUUGGGGAUGAUGGGAGUUGUAAUCUUAAUAAGAUCGGGAGGGACAAAGCUUCCCCCGUCCCUGGUCUAGGCAACCUUUGGGGAUUUGUUUUGCAUUCUCAGUUCUCUCCAUUGCCUUCCUCUCCCUUCUCAACUUCAGUUCAGUCUUCUAUUUCUUGCUCUACUGGCACUAAAGUCCGAGUGAAGCCGAAGAUCUCCAUCUCCAAUUCUCUUUGCUUGCUGUUCCUGGAAUGUUUUGCCCCCAGAGCAUCUUCUCUUCUGCAGGCUUCUCUCCUUCUCUUGCCUCCUUCCAGAGCCUUCUCAAACACAGAGUACCGGCUUUCCUCUAUAGGACCUGCCUUUUCCUUCAUUCCCCUCUCUUCCCAUUCAUUCUCUCCCCCACCCCCGAGACUGUAAGUCUGUGGGCAGGGACCAUCUUCUCUCUUUUGCACCACUGUACAACCCUUAGCACACGUAGGCGCCUUAUAAGGUAACAAUCCUAAGAAUAAAUGAAGGUGCUUAGAAGGCUGGGAAGUUGUUCAGCUGUGCCAGCAAAAGGACAGAGCUACACUAGACCACAGAUGUGGAUCUGCUGGCGAGGGUGACAAAUAUUUAGAGAUGAAAUGUGAUCUCAUAACUACGGCUGGCUUCACCCAGUGGCAGCCAACAAUGUGGAACGGGUGGGGGGACAGGGAAACUGUGUGAUCCUGGGGGUAGUUCUUGGUUCCUCUUUCCUUGCCUUCCUGUGGUCAGGCUUUUGGCCAAGAACACUUAUAAUAUACUGGUAGUUGGAAGGGUUUUUUUUUUUAACCUGGAUGUUGAGCCUAUCAGGAUCAGGCCAAUGGCCUAUCUAGUUUAGCAUCCCAUUCUUCCAGUGGCAAAUUGAAUCUCCCAGUGGAAAGCCCACAAACCAGACCUGACAGCACUCUCCCCCCCCCCCAGCUCCCCCAGUUUCUAGCAGCUGGAAUUCAAAAGCCUUCCGCCUCCGACUGUGGAGGUAAAAUAGAGCUAGUUGCUGAAUGCCAGCUCCUGGGGAAUCACAGGAGGGGAGAGUGUUGCUGUUGCACUCAGGUCCCGCUUGAGGGCUUUACCCUGGGGCAUCUGGUUAGCCAGCGUGAGAAUGGGACGCUGGCCUUUAGAUCUAACAGCCAGGCUCUUAUGUUCUUACUUAUCAGAUUGCCCCCAGAAAGAGGAUUUAACCUGGAUUAAGUUGGGGGUGCGGCAAUUAUGCGCAAACAUCUUGAUGACGAUGACCUGUAACGGCUGCCAAGUGUGGAUGCUGAAAAAAAAUUGUAUGCAGGAGGAGCCUUGAUUCCCAUGCAAUCAACGCCUGCCUCCGGACGUAUCUUUCCAUGUAUUUGCAUGUCGUGACGUCAGCUCGUUCCUGGCUACAAGGACUACCAGCAUCUUUGUAAUUUCCUGCAUAACGUCUGUUAUUACAGCCUUCUUUUGUUUAUUUUUGCCUUCCUGCUUUGAUUCUUAACCCUCUCCACUCUGUCCUAAAUGUGAGAUUUGUCCUUCCAUUCCUAUUUCUCCUCUGUUCUCGUCAUGCCUCUUACGUCUCAUCUUUACUUUUGAGCUUUCAAAAGUACGCAAGGCCUUGUCCCCCUGCUUUCUCCUCUAUAUCUAUCCUGCCUUCUAUUUCUGAUGGGCAAGUUGCAUGCUGUUGCUUAUGUAGCCAAAAUGGGGCUACCCAUGGACAAGAGGGAGGCUUGGAGGGGAACCCCAGGUUUGAAGAAGGAAUUUUUAAAAAAUUGAUGGAAGAAAUCCUAAGACCCCAAACCUGUUUCUGCAUGGACCGCUUGAAAAUUGCAGAGGGUUUUGGCGGGCCACUUAAUGAUUUUUCUGCCGUUGGUAGCAAUUGUUAGGCCCUGUGCUAGAUGAUGUUUCAUGGAAUUUUUAUUGCUUCUUUAAUUUCUUACAUCUUUUGUUUUAUUUUAUUCCGCAGGAUUCAAUUUGUAGUACACUCUAAGAAAUAAGAGAAGCAAUUCAAAGGCCAUUAAAAAUCAAAAUGAAAAUUUGCUGCAAUGGCUGUGCCAUCUCCAGCCUUGAACCACCAAUCCACAGAUCUGCUGCGGGCCGCCUGAAUGACCCUUGUGGGCCACAGGCCGCCGUUUGGGAACCUGUGUCUUAAGAGGAUUGUGGGGGGAGAGAGACAACUGGCAGACCAGUGUUUGGGAAGUACUGCACACUUUAAAUGAUCUCUCCCGACCUCCACAGGCCAAAGUUGACAGGUGUCAAUCAUCUAAUGUCAUUAUGACAUCAGAUGACUGACAAGUGGGGGCCAUCAAAGCUGGCCUGUGGGGGGAGAUAAAGAUCUGGCCCACCAGGGCAAAAAAGGUUUCCUAUCCUAGCCCACUGAGACGCUGUUUGAAGAAAACGGCGCAGGCUAAGUCUUUGCAGGGAAUAGGAAUGCAACAUCUUGCAGCCAGAGAAAAGUUUUCUGAAAGGUGUAACAAGAGGGAGGGAGCCUCGGGCAGCUUUGAUUUUAAAAUGUAACCUCUGGUUAUGGGAUGGCUUAUAAAUGUGACAAAUAACUGAGGUGGGGUGGAACAUAGAAAGCUGCCUUAUGCCAUCAGACCUUUGGGCUCUCUAGCUCAGUAUACUGACUGGCAGCGGCUCUCCAGGAUUUCAGACAGAAGACAUUCCCAGACACAGCUGGAGGAUCUGAGAACUGAACCUGGGACCGUCUGCAUGUGAAGCAGGUGCUCUGCCUCGGAGCUACGGCCCUUCCCAUUUUUCUUUUCUAGCAUUAAGAGCUAGCACAACUUCAUCCUUUCCGCUCAUUGGAAGUGGUCCAACAACAACACCCUGCACCACCCAUGCUCACUUGACUGGCCUUUACCCUCUUAAAUAGCCCGCGUGACUAUCGUCACCAUUAUUAUCAUAAUCUCAUAUAGACUAAUAGCAAUCACAGUUGUCUGCGUGCUGAUCGUUAUGUCACCCAUUGUUAUCUGUGUGGCCCUCCAGGAGUUAAGACUUCUACUCCCUUCAGCCCCAGCCACCAUGACCAAUGGUCGGGGAUGUUGGAAAUUGUAGCCUGGCAACACUGAGAGGGCCACAGGUUACCCCGCUCAGAUGUGGCCAAAUCACCACCACCACUGCACAAGGAGGUACCAGCAGUCUGGAGAAACUCCAAGGUUUACAGCAGCGUGCAUGCACACGCACACUUUAGAAGGAACCCCAAGAACAGCCCAAUGAGGACUAAGCAUGCACUUUGGACAUGGAAUGCUGAUACGGGAGGAAGGAGUGGGAAUGGAAUGGAAUAUCCUGAAAAAAGGCACAGCCGGAAUCCUGAACAGUAGCACUGUUCACUGCAGAUCUCACUUGAUUAUGUAUUAAUACUGAUCUCAGUUUUUCAAGUGCCAUCCUUAUGUAGCCCAAAGCAGCCCCAUCUACACAGAACAGGGAAGUUAUAGCUCGUUCUGGGGAACCCGAGAGCGUUAAAAAAACCACAAAACAAAAAUCAGCUGACUGGGAGGAUGGAAUUUAAUGGAGUCCUAUAGAAGAGGGCAUGGCUGGCAGGCAGUCUGAACAGGAGCAUUCCACACUAAUGUUUUGUUGCCCCUCCCAUUCACUUUGUAUGACACAGGUAGGGUCACCUCAGGCCCAGGGGAGAAAUGUGGCUGUCCAGCUCAGCUGUUUUUGAAGAGCCUGAUCUAGCACUGAUCAGUGGUCUACUGAUAGAUAUUAGGGGCACUAUGGACCUCAUUGCUUUAGAUGUUCCCCAAGAAACUGUCCCUUCCCAUAACUAUUCAAGCAGGCAAGGGCUGAAACAGAAAGAACCUUUCUUGAUUCAAAAGUGACAGCAACUGUUUAAGAUGGAGGAGGUGGCUUCAACCCCAAGGAGAGUGUUCUUUUGGGCUGUGUACACCCCAUACAUUUUAAAAGCACAUUCAGCGCACAUGACUUCCCCCAAAGAAUCCUGGGAACUGUAGUUUGUUAAGAGUGCUGGGAAUUGUAGUUCUGUGGGGGUAAAUUACAGUUCCCUGGGUUGUUGGGUUGGGAUCCGUAUGCUUGAAAUGUAUGGUGCAAACACAGGCUUAGACUCCUUUUAGUCUCUAAAUCUAGAAGCACUGAAUGAGAUUACAGAGCAGUUCAAAGAGCAGCGCAGGGCUGUUUGUAAAAGAGCUUUCUAACAGCCCCCUGCUGCUCUUUGAAGGUUCCCCACCCUCGUUGUAGAGAGUCUUUGUGCCCCGAGAGAUCAGACGAUAAAGAUAAAACACUCUGGAGGAGAAAGUAGGAGGUAGAGUAAGUUGAAGUUUAUUAAAUUUAAGUAUCGCUUGCUGCUAGAAAAAAAAAAGUCCCAAAGCAAUUUACAGCCAAAGUAAAAAUACAAUAAUAAAAAUCCUACGUUAAAAAACAUAGUCCAGGAUAUAGUAUCAUAAGAGGGCUCAUCCCCACCAUAACCACUCUACCCAACCUAAGGUGAACAUCAAAAAACAAGACAAACCUCCAAUUGUUGGUGCUGCCCAAAUGUCCAGGAAAACAUAAAAUGUCUUUGCCUGGUGCCAGAACAAUAAAAUGGUUGGCACCAGAGAGGCCUCUCUGGGGAGAGCAUUCCAUAAACGGGGCCACUACAGAAAAGGCCCCAUUUUCUCACCACCCCCCAAGCCUCCCUCAGAGGCGGCAUGCAGAGAAGGGCCUCAAAUGACAAUCUCACAGCCCAGGCAGGUUCCUAGAUCUAUCCAUAACUAAUUAAGGGGAUGAACAUUGGAUAGUGAAGGAAAAUGGAUGAGUAAUCCAUUUGGAAAGGAUUAUUGACCAGUGAAGGCUGCUCCACGAGGGCAAAUUGUCCCACCAACCUCACCCUGCCCAUAGCCAGCCCCUACCAAUCUGGCUUCUUACUUACAGUCCAGUCUAUUGAGUGGCACUGGUUGUCAGCUUCUUCCUCCUGAAUCUCAGUGUUGUCCUCGUAGAACUCAGCAGGGACGAGGAUGGGGCCAAAGCUAGCAUUAGUUGUGUCACCCUAACGUCGGCUCUGGCUCCACCUACUGUUGGCCUACCAGCCAUCAAUCCCAACGGGCACCAACCACCACUGGAAUUAAGAGGGCUCUACUUCUUGGGCAAGGGUGGAGAAACGCUUUGAGGGCCACAUUCCUUGCUGGGCAACCUGCCAGGGGCCACAUGCCUGUAGUGGGUGGUGGCCAGAGUCAAAAGUGAGCAAGACAAUGAAUGAAAACUCUUGCCUUUGUACAGCAGGCCAGUUUCUGAAUCCACCCCAUCCACUCAGGCAACCCAGAGGCAUUUUCAGAGUGCAAAGAGGUUUUCCAUCCAAGCCAGAACAUUUGAGGAGGAAGGUACAAAGCCGGGCCAGCAAGGGGUGGUGCCUAGGGGGAGAGACCCAAAGGGCAGAUAUAGAGGCUUAGAGGAUGCCGGGGCCUGAGGCGCCUGACCCACUCUAGGUGAACAAUUUUGGCCCAUCUCCUUCAGCAUCCUGUCCUCCCAGUGGCCACCCAGAUGCCCCAAUGGGAAGCCCCCAAGCAGGACCUGAACGCAACAGCCCUCUCCCCACUUGUGAUUCCCAGAAGCAGGGAUUCAGAGGCUUACUGCCUCCAACCGCAAACGCUGAGCAUAGUCAUCAGGGUUAGUAGCCUUCUCACUCGUGCAUUCAUCUCAUCUUCUUGUAAAGCCAUCCAAGUUGGAGGACAUCACUGCCUCCUGUGGGAGCGCGUUAGUUGUCCAGCACCAUAUGUAAAAUGAGGAGAAAUUGGGAAUUGCCAGGAUACCAGGUAACAUUUGACUCAUUUUUUUUUAAUCCAGUGAGUACAAAUAUUAGUAAGCAGAGCCCGCUCAAAGAUGAAAAUGCGUGUCUGGGGGAAGAAUAUGAAGAGGCCUUAGAGUAGAUGAACAAAACUGGACUGCUUGUACUGACAUCGCAAGCCUCUUAGACGUCCUUCAGCUACAGCAUCAGAAAGUUGGAUAAAUGAGGUUUAAGAGCAAAAGCAGCUAUUCAAGAAUAUUUUGCUAUGCCACUUGGCAUCACAUCAUUGAACCUAGAGGGAACAGAAGCCUGCCCUGCCUUCUUACUUACAACCAGUCCAGAGCAUGUCACUGUCAGCUUCUUCUUCCUGAGUCUUGUACAGGGAUAAGGGUGGAGGCACAACUAGAAUUGGUUGGCUCUGACUGCACCUGCUUUGGGGCCGCCCACCUUCCACCCUACCAGUCCCAAUAGGCACCAGCCACCGUUAAGUACAAGAGGACCGGUCCUUGCCCCUAGGAGCUUACAAUCUAAAAAUAUGACACAGAGGAAACAAAAUAGCAAAGGGAGGCAUGGUGAGCAAGAAAGCAAUAUACGGUGGCUUCAGUUGGACACACCUAGGCACCAGCCAUCAUGGGAUAAUCCCUUUCACUUUUCUGGGCAGAGGAUAGAGAGGGGUGUGCAAGCAUGUAUAGAAACUGGCACACUGUACAAAGGAGAAAUUUACAUUCAUUGCUCAGCCCACUCUUUGCAAAAACUGCAAAGAAUAUUGUAGCACCUUAAAGGCUUGACAAAGUUAUCCUGAUUAUGGCGUAAGCUGAUCAAGUGCAUUCCAGUCUACAAAAACCUAUGCUGCAAUGAAUGUGUUAAUCUUCACAGUGGCAUCAGGCGAGGCAGACUACAGGCCCAUUUAGUCCAAUAUCCUGUUCCCAUAGUGGCCAACCACAUGCCUCUGGGAAGCCCACAGGCAGGUCAUGAGUGCAAUAGCCCUUUCUCACUGUUGUCCUUCAGCAACUGGCAUUCAGGGGGAUGCGGCCUCUGAUCCCGAAGGUAGCAUAUAGCUAUCAUGACUAGCAACCAAAUAUAUUAUCUGCUGUCCAGUAAUGUUUGCUUUGCUGCUGAAGCUGUCCCCGCCGUCAGAGCAUUGGGAUAACCUCCGGUCUGUGUGGAUUUUCUCAUGGUUAGUUAGGAUUACUCUUUGAUUAAAGGUUUUCCCACAAUAGGAGCAUUUAUAUGGCCUCUCUCCCGUGUGGAUUCUCAAGUGUCUAUUAACGCUUGAUUGCGUGGUAAAGAUUUUCCCACACACAGGGCACUGUUUCCUUCCUGUUCCUUUAUACAGUCUUUGUGGGGCAGUUGUUUGGCAAAGGUCACCAGCCGAACUAGCCCCAGAUUUCAUCUCCCACUUCUGUUUUUGCUCUUCACUCUGCAUCUCUGCUUCCUCUUGAUGCCUGUAGAUUCCCACUUCAUUCCAAUGUUCCGAUUUUAGCGAUGGGAUCUCCGGUGAUUCCUCACCCUGCAUGUGCAGCAGCCUACCACCUCCUGGAAUACAGAGGAAAUCUUGCCAAAGUGAAAGGGAAUCUCAAAAACAGGGAUAAUAGAAACAGCUGCCAGCUUGAAAAGGGGACCUCUGCUGAAAGACGAGAGGCCCCAUCAAUAUUGGCAUUCAAUUGGCCCUUGAAGACACACCUGCUUAGGCAAGCAUUCCCCAAUCCUCUGACCAGAUCAUCCCGAUUUAAAUGGGUUUAAUUGCUAAUUUAACCAUUUCUAUGGUCACAUUGUUUGAAUGGGCUUAUUGUAUUGCACAUUUAAUUGUGGAUGUUCUGUUUUAAUGUUUUGAUUGAAUUGUUUUAUUGUAUAUUAUAUGUGUGUGUCUUU